AACAGAAGAAAACAAUGUAAAAGCAGAACCCAGGGGACCUAAGACCUGUUUGAUGCUCUUGAUGGGAGAAUGAAAGCCUCCAACUGUUGUCUCUGCUGAAGAAAUGACACAAGGGUACACAGGGUCAUGCCUACUAUCAGGUCUGCUCAUUCUGGGUCCCCCAGGGCUUCAAAUUAGGAAGUGGCUAGAAGAAAAAGGAAGUAAAUGAGAGAAAAAAACAAAGGAACUUUGAACAAGUAGAAGGUGGAUGCCUCAGGCUCUGUCACAAACACCUGGAUCCCAACUGGGACUCGGAUUUGCUGGGGACACCAGCCUGAGAGACGGGACCAUGUGGCUGUCCCCAGCUCUGCUCUUUCUCUGUUACUCAGGCUCUUUGUCCCUGACGGGCCCCACCUCUGUGACAGGCACCUUGGGAGGCUCUCUGAGUGUGCAGUGUCAGUAUGAGAAGGAGUACCAAGGGUAUAAAAAGUAUUGGUGCCGAGGGCAGUCUGAGAGCACAUGUGACAAGAUUGUGGAGACCAAUGUAGAAGAGAAAGAAGAGAAGAGUGGUCGUGUGUCCAUCAGAGACCAUGCUGAUAGCCUCACCUUCACAGUAACCAUGGAGAACCUCACCGCGGAUGAUACUGGGUCUUACUGGUGUAGAAUUCAGAAUAUAUGGUUGCUGGACAUAUUGUCAUAUGACCCUUCAGUCCAGGUUAACGUGUCUGUUUUCUCAGCACCAAGUAAAACCACAGGGAAGACCGCAUGUGGAGCUGCAUCUGACGCCUUUCCGGUGCUGAGCACCAAACAGAACUCCAGCGCCGAGGAGGUGUUGACCGACUGCUCGGGGUCCUCAUUCAGCAGUGUCCAUUUGCUGCUCCUGGUCUUCCUGAAGCUGCCCCUGUUCUUGACGCUGGUGGGUGCUGUCCUCUGGGUGAACAGGCCUCUGAAGGGCCCUGGAGGAAGUCAGCCCAACCAGGAGAAGCUGUCAUGUAGUGCACUGUCUCCGGGAAUGCCCUGUUCAGGAAUACAGUCCUUCAGACCGGAUAGGAGAGACCUUCAGACUCUGGACUCCAGGGCAGGGGGGCAGAAGUGCCUGGAUUCUUGAAGGGCCUGUCUUCUGGGGACAUCGUUCCUGUGUCUCAAGGGAGAAUCCUGGGUCCUGGAUGGUACUUGUUCCAAAUCCGCAGGUGCAGGAAGGAUGGGUCUCCUGGGCCAGUGUUUGGGGUCCUCUUCUCUGUUCCAGAUCUCCUGGCCCUUUGCCCUCAUGCCUAUCUCUCAAGGGCAAAAAUUCUCUGGAAGUCGCUGGAAAGUCCAGCCCUUUACUCUUCUCAUUGCCACAAAAAAAUCUCAGCUCAGCAUCCCCCAGGGUAAUAACCACCUCCUUUUCACAGCCAAAAGGCUCCUUGAGGGCUUGUUCCCCACAGUCUCAGUCCUUGGUCUCAACAAGGCUUCAACCUCACUUGUGUCUCUGUGACCAGGAAUGUACACUGUACUCAAGACUCUCUGCCUGGGCCGGCCAUGACUGAACAGCUUUCGGUUAAAGCUCUGGAUCUGGUUGGAGCAGAAGUGGGUGUCCCCAAUAUCACUCCUGGAAUUCACCCUGGUGGGUGGAUACAAGGCCACUGGGCGGUCCGCUGCAGCAGAAGUCUGGCUGAAGCCACCUGUCUACAGCUGGUACUUUCCACAGGAGAAGCACACAGCUUUUUUUUUUUUAUGGUUUUUAUUUAUUUUGGAGAGACAGAGACAGUGCGAUCAGGGGAGGGGCAGAG